GUCACAGAAUAUCGAGGCGAAUGAUGCAGAGUUUACCAUCCCGUGUUGCUGAGCUUAAACUGGCGGAUGUUGGCUAAAAACUCGCCUGUGAAACAUUCUUAUUUAUAAAUUGUUCGACUAGCAACUCUUUCAGAUGUUACUCAAAUGAUUUUUCUUUUGGAUUUUGAACUUAGACCCUUUCUGGGUCAUUCGAGUUCUUACAGCUAACUGACAUUUGGACAAGUGUGCGGAUAAUUAGCAAGAUUAAGAAUGCAUCCUAUUUGUUGGAGCUUGGCAGUUGUACCCAUCAUUUUGCAGCUGCAUUUUGCUACAACAGCUUUUUAUCAAGGUAACGGGGACAUACAGAAUGAGUACAUACGGACGGGCAACAACGCUACGCUGUACUGCCAGCCUGCAUCAGACGUCGAUAAUGUCAACCGCUUGGUAUGGUAUAAAGAAGAUAAAAAGAUAAUUGAAGUUGUCAACGGUCAUAGGACGUUGUGGGAAGCUGGCACUCACGUCUCCCUUCAGCCCCAUAACAAUGCCCUGUACUUCCGAAGAGUUACUUAUCAAGACAGCGGAGAAUAUUACUGUGAAGUGAAUAACAAGAGAACUCGGAAUUCCCUCGCUCGAUUACUCGUUCAAG